UAAAGACACAUCCGCGUAUACGUUGUAUCGCGUGGAUUCAUAUACACACUGUAACUCCACGUAUAACCCCGUACAUAUUAUACUUUCUUUAUGUUUGUAUAUACGUACGUAUAGAUAAUUGAGAACGUUAGUGCGCGAAUGUGCGCGUAGUGAGUGUACGAGUGACACAUUAGUCACGAUAAUCAUAUACGUAUAUAGUGGCGCAUCGGACUGUGGGCCCUGCGACGUUGCGAAUACAAGGGGUCUAUCUCUCUGUCUGUCUCUCGUUCUCAGCUGCACGACGAAGACAGCAGAAAGGAGAGAAACAUUGAAGUACAAAAGAAGAAGAAGAAGAAGAAGAAAAAAAUCAUAAUAUAAUAGGCGGCCCGCAGGCAGGCUGAGCAGAGAGCAGAGAGACGACGAAGAUAGUGUCACACAGAAAUGGAAGCCGAUUAUCAUCAGCCAGCGCUCAGUCCCGCGAGAGUACUCACAGUGAAUAAUGAAUCGGACGACCCGUAUCCAAGCCUAUCGGACUUUCAUGACUACGAGCCAAAUUUGGAAUUCGACGAUACAGAACUACAAGCUCCGGCGACUACUUCUGUAGAUACAUUGGAAGAAAAUCUCGAGCUGAACGUGGGCGUGGGCGGUAUCGGAGGCGUCGUCGGGAUCGCCGAUUACUUGGAGAGCCCCGUGAGCGAUGGCACGAUCGAGGAGAACUUCGAGGAGGCGCUCGUCGACGCGCCCGUCGUAGAGGCCGCCGACUACUUGGAAGCCCUGGACACGGAGCUGGCCGACGAGGAGGACUACAGCGACAUCGCGGCGCUGGGCAUCGUCGAGGUCGUGGGCGACGACAGCGCCGGUCGCAAGGUCAUCGUCGUGUCGGCCUGCAAGCUGCCGCCCGUCGUGGGCCGCAGCGGCAACGACGCCGCCACGAAUGCCAACGCGGCGACGACGACGCCGGCGAGCUUCAAUCACGCCAAGCUGCUGCGCUACCUCACCCACACGCUCGACACGUUCGUCGAGCAGGACUACAGCCUCGUGUACUUCCAUCACGGCCUGACCUCGAAGAACAAGCCACCGGUGACGUGGCUCUGGCACGCGUUUCGCGCCUUCGACCGCAAGUACAAGAAGAACCUCAAGGCCCUGUAUCUCGUGCACCCGACCAGCUUCAUCAGGAUAAUCUGGGGAUUAUUCAAACCGGCCAUCAGCGCUAAAUUCGGGAGGAAAAUGAUGUACGUCAAUUAUCUACACGAGUUGGCUCAGCACAUCAACCUGGACCAAUUAAUCAUUCCGCAACAAGUGAUCGAACAUGACGAGCAACUGAUGCUGAAACACAAGAAAAACAUAUCGGCGAAUCCUCCGCAGAGUUCGAUAGCUGCACCGGCGCCAACGACACAGUUCGGUGCCAGUCUUCAAUUCAUCAAGGAAAAUAACAGAGGAGACCCGAUACCGCCUAUUGUCAGGCAAUGCGUGGAAUUUCUCGAUACACCUGACGCGCUGGAAACCGAGGGUAUAUUCCGAAGAUCCGCCAACGUGGCCGUGAUAAAGGAGCUGCAGAGCAAGUGCAAUCAGGGACUGCCGAUCGAUUUCCAAAACGAUCCACACAUAGCCGCCGUGCUGCUGAAGACGUUCCUGCGCGAGCUCGAGGAGCCGCUGAUGACGUACGAGCUCUACGAUGAAAUCACGCAGUUCCAAACUCUACCAAAGGACGAGCGUCCGAAGCGGGUGAAGAUUCUGAUUCUCGAAAAACUGCCAGAGGACAAUUAUCAUCUCCUAAAAUACAUCGUUCAAUUUUUAUCGAGGGUGAUGGACAGAUGCGAUCUGAACAAAAUGACGUCCAGCAAUCUCGCUGUAGUAUUCGGACCAAAUCUCGUGAGGUCGCCGCCCUCGCGCGGCAUGUCCCUGUCCGCGAUCGGACCGAUCAAUCAGUUCAUCGACUACGUGUUCACUGACCAAGAUAAAAUUUUUAUUAUUUAAAUAAACGAAUGUAUAGCGCAAAGAAUUAACUAAACAAAAAAACAACGGGCCUAACUGAAAGCUCAAAUUCAAGCCUUGUGUACAGUCUUCGAAGUGGCUCUUUGGGGAUCUAGAAAUCAUCUGUAUUCUUAAAUAUUAUUCCUCUAACGACGAAUCGAACGCUCAAGAACUCUCCAUGUUUUUAUCAUUCAUUUAACGAAUACGAAUAUUACGAUUUACGAAUGAAAUAUAUCGGUGGCAAAAUCUUCGAAUGCCAUCUUUUUUGUCGAGAAUUGUUGUGUAACAUUUUGUUGACAUCGAAUUAUUAUACUUACGGAGGAUAAAUGAUACGAAUCAUUCAGAGUUGAUACGACUUUAAUAGCAAAGUAUGAAAAU